AUGUGUGAUGAUGUGGAACCUAAUUUUGACGCUAUGAAUGACGGAGUUGAACCUGUUAUGAUUGAUUUGACUGAUGUGUUUACUACCGGCAUGUUGUUCGAUACACGAGAUGAAUUAUUGAAAUGGGCUAGAAAUGUUGGAAGGGAAAAUGGAAUUGUUGUUAUGAUUUUUAGAUCUGAAACUACGACAGCACGACCAAGAACAAAGACAAAAUUAAUUCUUGGUUGUGAAAGAAGUGAUAAAUAUAGACCUUGGAAGAAUCUUAAUCUUACGAGGAGUACUUGGACUAGAAAAUGUGAUUGUCCAUUUAGAUUGAGAGGAACACGAUCAAGUGUUGGUGAUGGAUGGAAGGUAGAUGGUUCAGAUGAGUUGAGGGACAUAUUUUGGGCCCAUCCAGACGCUAUCACUCUUGUGAAUAAUUUUCACAUAAUAUUGAUUAUGGAUAGCACUUACAAGACCUGUAGAUAUCGAAUGCUAUUACUUGAGAUUAUUGGUGUUACAUCUACUGAAAUGACAUUUUGUGUGGGAUUUGCAUAUCUACAGCAAAUGUAG